AUGAUCAGAGGCAAAACUGCAGCAGCAACAGCAGCCCGAGACGAAGCAGCAGCAGCAGCAGCAGCAGCAGCAGGAGCAGCACCAGAAGCAGCAGCAAAAAAAAAGCAGCAGCAUCCGCAAGAACAGCAGCAGCAGCACGACCAACAUCAGCAGCAGCAGCAGCAGCAAGACCAACAGCAGCAACAGCACCAGCGCCAGCAACAGCAACACCAGCAGCAGCAGCAGCAGCACCAGCAGCAGCAGCAGCAGCACGAUACCUAUAAGCAAGAGUACAAUAUUUUUCAAUUCUUUCAGCCAGCAGCAACCUCUCCUUUUUAUCUCUGUUGCUGGGAUCGACGAUCCCCCGUAAACAACUCCCAAAAUCACAAACCCUAA